CAGAAACUGCAAAAAGACCACCUCAUCCCCCGUACACACAACAGACAAUCUUCCUCUUCUUCACAAGCAUCGGCCAAUUGGUGACUAUAUCAGGGGUCUUUAUCCCGGCUAUCUGUGGAAUUAUAAUUUGUCUUUGAGAAUUCUACGCAGCGCAACUGUUUCAUCAACCUAUACAAAAUGACUCUCUACUACAGUCUUGUCUUCUGCCUUUUGGUGUUCGAGAUGGCGGUCUUCAUGGGCCUCAUCAUUCCUCUUCCGUUCACCGUUAAGAGGAAGCUCUUUGCCUUCAUCUCAGAAAGUCCUAUAGUGGCCAAAUUACAAUAUGGGCUGAAGAUCACAUUCAUCUUCAUCCUCAUCCUCUUCAUUGACAGCGUCAACCGCGUCUAUCGGGUGCAGUUAGAGUUAGCUUCCUUCAAGGAGGGCGGUCCUAUGGGAGCCGCCGCCCUUGGCACAGACCGUAUGGAAGUCCAGGCCCGCAAGUUCUACUCGCAGCGCAACAUGUACCUGUGCGGCUUCACUCUCUUCCUGUCUCUCAUCCUCAACCGCACCUACACCAUGAUCCUUGAGGUUCUUCGCCUGGAGGACCGCGUCAAGCUUCUGGAGGGUGACAAGCGCGCUGGUGGCAAGGACUCCGCUCGUCUCGCGCAGGCCGGCGAUGUCGGCGAGAUCGGCCGUCUCAAGCAGGAGCUCGAGGCCAAGGAUCGUGACAUCGAGACUCUGAAGAAGCAGUGCGAGGGUCUCACGGCUGAGUACCAUAAGCUGGGUGACCAGGUCUCCGCUGGCAACAAGGAUGUCGCUCCCAAGAAGGAUCUGUAAGCGAAGGACAAGGCGCAA